UUUACUGACAGCUGGGCGUAAGUAUGCAUCUGUGUUCAGUUUUCUCUGUGUUUCAGUAAGUGUUACCUUUAACACUUGGAUGUAAAGGAUUGACUUUAUUUUUCAGGAUGCAUGGAUGACCAAAGCUUUGUAACAAAAAAUGUUCAUCUUGGAGAAGAUGUGACUCUGACGUGUAGUCGCCGGUCUAACUUGUCAGGAUUACUUUUUUGGAUCCGAGUUGUUGCUGGAAAUCUGCCUGAAGUCUUAGGGGCGACCUACACUUUUGAUCAGGGCACUGUUAACAAAACUCCUCGUAUUACAACAAAGCAGGAAACAGGAACAUUUGUUCUCCAUAUAAUUCAAACACAGCUCAAUGACACUGCCUUCUAUUACUGUGAAGAAGUGAUUGAACUCAAAACGACAAAGUGGAAUAUUACUUUCCUAAGAGUCAAAGGACCAGAACCUGACAUCCCCGUUGUCAUUCAAGAGUUGCCAUCAGCUCCGAUAUAUCAAGGAGACUCAGUGACUCUACAGUGUUCGGUCCUCUCUGACCUGCAGAAGAAUACAUGUCCAGAGGAUGUGUACUGGUUCAGAGCAGGAAUGAAUGAAACACAUCCCAGUGUGAUUUACGUUUAUAGAAGCAGUGGUGAUGCAUGUGAGAGGCAGUCUGAUGUUCAUUCUCCUCGAAAAUGUGUCUACAAGUUCUCAAAGAACAAUAUCAGCUCUUCUGAUUCUGGAAACUACUAUUGUGCUGUGGCAACAUGUGGACAUGUCAUUUUUGGUAAUGGAGCAAAAUUGAAUAUUGAAGACAACAUUAGGUCAUUUGGUGAUUCUCGGGUGGUCAACACAGUUGUGUUUCUUUUGUGUGCUGCUUUGGCAAUAAGUUUGAUGGUUAUAGCCUUACUGAGUUAUGUACUCAAGAACAAGAAAUAUAAUUGUUCGAAUGGUGCUGUAGCAGUGCAACUGAAUUGUACCAUGACCACUAGUAAUCAACUAAAUCAGAAGAUAUCACAGGAUACAGGGCUUCAUACUGUGGUUGUGUUCAGGUUGACUAAGACAGCUAUGAUGAUGGAAAGAGAUAUACAAGUACAGCGCAAUGACUAA